CCUCAUCCCGCCGACCCUGCCUGUGCUGGCUGCCGCUCCUCCGUGGCCAUGGGGACCCUGGGGACGCUCUUCCUGCUGGGCGCCCUGCUGCUGUCACCCGCCGAGGCUCAGGAGGCCGCACCGCCGCGCCUGAAGCCUUGGCUGGUGGGCCUGGCUGCCCUCGUCGUGUUCCUGUUUAUCGUCUUCGUGCUCAUGCUGGCCAACCGCAUCUGGUGCUCCAAAGUGAGAGAUGGGGAUGAGGAGUCCAGGUUGAGAAUGGAGGCCAACCCAUACCAGGACGUGAGUGAAGAAGGCAAGAGGAAGAAGGAGGAGAGGGUAAAGGGCGACGAGGCGGAGGAGGAGGAAGGAGAGAGAAACGCGGGGCUGGAGCUGGACGAGAAAGAGGGCCCCAGAGAUGAGGAGAAGCUCACGAACACAGCCGUGUGAAGGCUCCACACACUUCUUCCAGGCAGCUCCCCAGAGUUGCCCCUUCCACACCAUGUAAAGAACGCCCUGGACGUGAAGCCGCCACCGGAGUCCACGUCGCGCUGAGAACACGCUCCCCGAAUGGAGACCCGUGGAACCUGCCCCGCCCCUCGGGGAGGGCUCUCCGGGCGCUGCGAGCACAGGCUGUACCCACCGUCCUUCCCGAGCUGUCGGCGCAGACUCUCGCACUUGGAGGGCAUUCGUGGUUAUGGAGAAACCCCUGAGACCCCCACCAGCUCAUGGCUCCACCCACUUCUACCCACUGCCUGAUUUCCUUUCCCUCUCCCUGAUGUCUGUUGUCCAGAACCUCCCCCGCCCCUCUCGGCCCCAGGACCAGCGUGGGGCCGGGGCUGCCUUUGGGGACCUGCAUUAAAGCAUUGAUAAGAGCCCUUCA